AUGCGUCUUUCUUGGAUCCUCACAACGGCGCUCAGUGCAUGUGCGGCCGUCUCGCAAGACACCCCGGAGCCCCAGACGCCCAAACUAACGUAUCUAUACACUCUUACCGCCCUACUUAACUCUUCGAUUGAGAUUGGAACGGGAAUAUACAGCGAUCGCAAGGCGAUACCUAUCAUAGGCGGGAGUUUCAGUGGCCCUCGGCUGAAUGGCACUGUCCUCGACCUUGGUGCCGACUGGGGUCUGACGGACCAGAAAGGCGUAUUUCAUCCUGAUACGCGGUAUAACCUGAGGACGCAUGAUGGCGCAAACAUCUACAUCCAGACGAGUGGAUCGAAACAACCGAACGGCAAGAUCUACCUCAGACAGAUAUUUGAGACUGGCAGCGAUGAUUACUACUGGCUGAACAAUGUUGUGUCGGUGGGGGUGUUGACUUCUGGGGUGGGCAGUGUCACUAUUGAGGGGUGGACUAUGGACCUGUGA